GCUUCGCCCUUCCCCAGCCCCGGGGGCCGUGCAACUGGUCGCCCGGGCACGAGGCCGCUGCCCGCCCGGCGCUCAGCACGGGCGGCACGGACAGCUCCGCCAAGGGAGGCGCUUCCCGGCGGGGCCCAGGAGGACGACAAGCGGCCCCAGGGCCGGCCGGCCGCUUUCCACCAGCGGCAACACCUCCGGGCUCUGCGCAGGGGACGGGCACAGGCGGGCAGCGCACCCGGCUGCGGACACCGGCAGUUGGUGCGGGAGGAUGGACACCGGCCCGCCAGGUGAACCAAGGAAAUUUGACCCGAAGUUCAGAGGACCUAUUCACAGCAGGCAGUGCACAGACGUUAUUUGCUGUGUGAUCUUCAUAGUUGUCAUUCUGGGUUACAUUGCAUUAGGAGUUGUGGCUUGGGUGCACGGUGACCCCAGGAAAGUGAUAUAUCCAACUGACAGCUAUGGGCAGUUCUGUGGUCAGAAAGAAACCCUCAAUGAGAACAAGACCAUUUUGUUUUACUUCAACAUUCUGAAAUGUGCCAGCCCUGUAGUGUUAAUAAACCUGCAGUGCCCUACAACACAGCUUUGUGUUUCAAAGUGCCCAGACAGGUUUGCAACUUACAUUGAUGUUCAGGCUUCCUACAGAUAUAAACCAGAUCAGUGGAAUUACUUCAGGCAGUUCUGCAAACCUGGCUUUAACAAUCCUCGCAAGUCUGUUGCUCAAGUCCUACGUGAUGAAGAUUGUCCUUCGAUGAUCAUUCCAAGCAGGCCUUUUCUUAAGAGAUGCUUCCCAGACUUCUCCACAAAGAAUGGUGUGUUGACCGUGGCAAAUCAGACUACGUUCAAAGAUGGAAGAGGGAAAACAAGAAAUGUAACUGAUCUCAGGGAAGCUGCAAACGGCAUCAAUAAUGUCCUGGAUGCAAGAUCAAUUGGAGUGAAAAUUUUUGAAGACUGUGCCAUUUCUUGGUAUUGGAUUUUAAUUGGGCUGUUCAUUGCAAUGAUGCUGAGUCUGCUCUUCCUUGUGUUAUUGAGGUUCACGGCUGGGGUUCUCUUCUGGAUUUUCAUCUUUGGUGUGAUUGGAAUUAUAGGUUAUGGCAUCUGGCAUUGUUACUGGGAAUAUGAUCAUCUUAAAGGAAUACCUGGAUCUGACCUCACUGUUUAUGAUAUUGGAUUCCAGACAGACUUCAAAGUGUACCUGCAACUGAGGCAAACAUGGUUAGCAUUUAUGAUAAUACUUUGUGGUGUUGAAGUCAUAAUCAUACUGAUGCUGAUCUUCCUAAGAAAUCGGAUCCGGAUUGCUAUUGCACUGUUGAAGGAAGGUAGUAGGGCUAUUGGCUAUAUAAUGUCUACACUGUUCUACCCCAUUGUCACCUUCAUACUCAUUGCAAUUUGUAUUUCCUACUGGGCUGUGACAGCUGUUUUUCUGGCCACAUCAGGAGAACCUGUGUAUAAAGUCAUGGCUAAUCAAACACUGUGCAAGUAUGCAAACCUGACUUGUGACCCAGAGACUUUUAACACAACCAAUGUGACUAAGUUGUGCCCGGGUGCUCAGUGUACUUUUGCUUUUUAUGGAGGAGAAAGCCUGUACCAUAAGUACAUCUUCAUCUUCCAGUUAGCCAAUGCCUUUGUCUUUCUCUGGCUGGUGAAUUUUGCAAUUGCACUAGGUCAGUGUACUCUUGCUGGUGCCUUUGCCUCCUACUACUGGGCCUAUCGAAAACCGGCUGAUAUUCCACUGUGGCCGCUCUUCUCUUCAUUUGGACGAGCAAUACGAUACCACACAGGUUCGCUGGCAUUCGGCGCCUUAAUUCUUGCAAUUGUCCAGCUUAUUAGAGUAAUACUGGAGUACUUGGAUCACAAACUGAAAGGUACUCAGAACUCCUUCACUAGAUUUCUACUCUGCUGCCUCAAGUGCUGUUUCUGGUGUUUGGAAAAAUUCUUAAAAUUUAUAAACAGAAAUGCCUACAUCAUGAUUGCCAUAUAUGGUAAAAACUUCUGCACCUCGGCAAGGGACGCAUUCUAUUUGCUUAUGCGGAAUGUGGUGAGAGUUGCUGUUCUGGACAAAGUUACAGACUUCCUUUUAUUCCUGGGGAAAAUUCUUGUUGCUGGUGGUGUAGGUGUCCUUGCAUUCUUUUUCUUCACACAGAAAAUACCAGUCUUUGCACAGGAAGUGCCAACGUUAAAUUACUACUGGGUACCACUGUUGACAGUCAUCAUUGGCUCCUACCUAGUUGCACACGGGUUCUUCAGUGUCUAUGCAAUGUGUGUCGACACGCUUUUCCUCUGCUUCUGUGAAGACCUGGAAAGAAAUGAUGGAUCUACAGCAAAACCCUACUUCAUGUCAGCUAGCCUCCACCGAAUUCUAGGGAAGAAGAAACUAAGCCCUAAGAAGGCAGUGGGAUAACAUGCACUGAACUUCGACAUCAAAAAGUGUCACUUUUAAGCAAAACGUGUAUCAAGUAGGCAAAAGUAAAAACCGUAAAUGAUG